UUACGGAUCGUUCUCUUUGUUUCAGGUGCUUUGGCUGGUUAUGCUGACUGGAUAAAACUCUACAUGACUGCCCCAAAGCAGCUGGAAGCACUGAGUGGAUCUUGUUUGCAUAUUCAAUGUAACUUCAGCACCAAAGACAAACAGAACUUUAACAGAAAAAGAAAAAUCUUUGGAGUGUGGAUUAAAAAUGACGCUAACUUUGGCAAAUAUCCAAACAAUGUGAUCUUCAACAGUAGUGGAGCAGUUAGCAUCUAUCCAAUGAGUAUUACUGGGAACCUGAGUCAGAGAGACUGCACCACUCUGUUUUCUAAUUUAACCACGAACUACACAGACACAUACUUCUUCAGAGUAGAGAGUGAACCAUUCAAGGCGACAGCUCAACAUGAUCCUCUUCAAAUAACAGUCAGAGAUUCUCCUUGGAGGCCCAAUAUUACAAUCCCAGGUGAUCUGAAGGAGAAGGAGUCUGUCACUAUAACCUGCUCAGCUCUCACUCCCUGUCCACACUCCCCUCCUCAACUCACCUGGAAUCUCCAACAAGACUCUCACAACAAAAUAGAGGAAAACACAGAUGGAAGCUUUACAACUAAAAUCCAGCAGACCAUCACUCUGUCAGACACACAUGAUGGAAAGAAGAUCAGCUGCUCUGCCAGAUAUCCUGUGAACCAAGGAAAAGACACCAAGACAGCAGAGACAGAAGAGACUCUCAGUGUUUCAUAUGCUCCUAAAGACACCUCAGCUUUCAUCAGUCCAUCAGGUUUGGUGUCUGCAGGCAGCUGGGUGAAGCUGACCUGCUCCAGCAGAGCCAAACCUCCAGUCAGCAGCUUCACCUGGUUCAAGAAGAGCAGAGAUGGAGCUGUGAAAGUAUCUGAAGGAGAGAUUUACAGCUUCAAUGUAACAGAUGGAGGAGUUUAUUACUGUGUGGCCACUAAUGAUCUGGGUGGAAACCUGGUUGGUGUCUAUACUAUAGUGAAGACUGUGGGAAUCAUAAUGCUCGUGAGCACACUGAUCAUAUUUGAGUGCUGGUUCAGAUCAAGACACUCCAACAAAUCAGAGACUGAAAGCUGUCAGAUGAGCAGAGUCACAUCACAAAACAUCAACUAAAGUUUCCACCGGAGGAAAAACUCCACCUUAAAAAACCACUAAAUUCACUGCAGUGAUGUUCAACAGUUGUACAUGACCGUUUUACUUUGAGUGUAAAAAUGGUGUUGCAGGAAUGGAAACAUUUACUUUGUGGAUAAUUUCAUAUCAUUCCUUCACUGCCCUGAGUCUGUAAAACAGGAGCUGCUUCAGCCUGACCAUCUUAUUGUUAAUAGUUUAUCCAUGAAUAUUGAUCAAACACCACACUUCUGUAAGACUGCUACAGCUUAUUAUUUGGACAAUCCUGUAAAUAUUUACACUCUAUUACACUUACAGCUGUGUUCUUGCUAUUACUAUUAAAUAACCUUUCAACAGCUACUGCUGCCCCCUUUGUGGACUACACAAAUGAAAAUUUUUGAAUGCCCUGAGGUGUUCAGACUGUGUUGGGGGAAUAGCAGUGAUUAACGAGUGCAACUUAAGUUAUGAUCCAUUUAAUCUAAGCUUACUUAAUGUUUCUUAAGAUUUAAGUAUGAAAAUCCAGUUUGCUGCAUUAUUAUCCACCAACCUCCUAAAUCCUGUGAUGACUCUGAAUGAAUUCUCUGAUCUGUUUUAAUAUAUUGUCGUCAAAUUUGACCAAAUCCUUUUGGUAGGUGACUUUAAUUUACACACUGACCGGAAAGUCAUUUAGUCCAGUGCAGCAUGUUAAUGGUGAAUUUGUGAUCCUCCAUUCAUCUUGUGCUGACUUGAACAUUUUCUCUUUAUCUCUCCUCUCUGGAUUUUUCUGUCACCACUUCAGAGUGAGUGUCUGAACUGGAGCCCUGGAAUCAGUGAUUGGAAAUCCUUCUGUUGUCACAUUCUGUUGUUGCUUCACUGUAAAUAAA